AUGGCCUCCUGUAAUCCUCUUCUAUCCUUAAUCUGCGCCGUCCCGCUGCAUGGGCGACCUCCCGUGGUCAGUAGAGCUGUUGCCAAUGUGUUCACAACGGAGGAUCCUCUUUUGGGUUUUUUACAACGACUGUCUUCAUUCUUUGGUCAAUCUAGUAUGGAAAGUAGACAACAAUGGCUUACCAGGCUGAAAAAUGAACUUAGUAACAGUCCUCUGGUAUCAAAUGUGGCUUUUGGCUUUAUCCUCAUGGGACUAGAGAAGCUGGUGGAGCUGGAGUUUGAGUGUCCUUGCAGUCCUAAAUGGAACGGAUUGUUUUCAUCAGCAUUCUUCAUCAUUCCUGCCGUCAUGGCCUUCACUUUGAUGCUGAUCAUUCAAGGAUGCAGAUGUGAUAUGUGGUGCAGGAAAACUGUGUCCCUCUCCAGUUUUGUUCCCGCUAUCGUGUGGCUGAUUUUAUUGUUCCUCGAUGGCCAAUACUUUGCUUGUGCUAUGACAGACUGGGAGGGUAGAUUUGUACUAGUUGACAAGGCAGCUCCACAGAAAUGGUGUGAGCCAAUUAGAGAGGGAGAUGUCACCACACAAGAACUAAUGCUCCGCUCACAACAGCUGUUUGUGUUUUCUCAGGUUAUAGGCAUAGUCCUCCUCAUUUUCAUCUGUAUGGGUCUCAUAGUGUAUGUAAUCAGAGAAAGCUGCCAACAAGAUGUGGAGAUGCAGGAUGCAAAUGUAGCUGAGCUCACUGUGCUCAGGAUGAGCUCUCUAAGGACCCGGACAUCUUGAGGGGACACACACCGCCCACCACACCUGC